UCGUUAAUAUUGUAAAAUCCGGAGUACUUAAUUUGUACUUUCGCAUCUUGCUGACUCUCUCCAUCAUCAGCACACAUUAGCCUACCUUGUUCGCUCUCGCAGCUGAGGCGAUUUUUUUUGGUGCUGCUCCUCUCGAUCUUCACGGCCUGCUUCUCUUUGAUCUCCCUCUCUCCUUCUCUCUAUUUCCAGGGAAGAAUAAUUAGGGUUUCGUUCCGAAAAAGGAACGAGCUAGCUCUCUCGAAUCUCGGGGAUUCAACGGGAAGACCUAGAUUCGCUGGUCCUGUUAGGAUUCACAGAUCUACACGGUUAUUUGCUUCGACCGUAGCUAAAUCUUCGCCAUGUUUUGGAAGCUCACGGCUCUCUCUGCCUCCUCUCCUGUGGAGUCACUAUUAGACAAGGAAAAUUUCACUCUGGAGGAGCUUCUUGAUGAAGAAGAAAUUAUUCAAGAGUGCAAGGCUUUAAACAGUCGUCUCAUUAAUUUUCUUCGGGACAGAGCUCAAGUGGAGGAAUUGUUGCGUUACAUUAUAGAAGAGCCCCCAGAAGGUGCUGAAAGCAGACGGACAUUCAAAUUCCCUUUCAUUUCAUGUGAGAUAUUUACAUGUGAAAUUGAUGUUAUUCUCAAAACACUGGUGGAGGAAGAGGAGCUGAUGAACUUACUUUUCUCCUUUUUGGAACCAAACCGUCCCCAUAGUGCCUUGCUGGCUGGUUAUUUCAGCAAGGUGGUUGUUUGCUUAAUGAUGCGCAAGACGGUUCCACUAAUGAACUAUGUUCAGGCCCAUCAGGAUGUCUUUCGCCAACUGGUUGAUUUAAUAGGAAUAACGUCCAUUAUGGAGGUGUUGGUUCGCCUGGUAGGUGCUGAUGACCAUGUGUAUCCCAAUUUUUUGGAUGUGAUGCAAUGGCUGGCUGACAGCAAUUUGCUGGAAAUGAUUGUGGAUAAAUUGGGUCCAUUGAGCCCUCCUGAAGUCCACGCUAAUGCAGCAGAAACGCUCAGUGCGAUAACUCGAAAUUACCCAUCAGCCUUGGCAAAUAAACUCUCUAGUCCAAGUUUUGUUGUAAGGAUAUUUGAUCAUGCACUAGAAGAUUCAUGUUCAAAAUCUGGUCUCGUCCACUCGCUUUCUGUGUGUAUAUCUUUACUUGAUCCAAGAAGAUAUGCAGUAUCUUCAGCCCUGAUGCAUUCUUUUCGAAGUCAAAAUUUUUACGAGUCUCCAAUCCCUGUCAAUCCAGAUACCAUUAAUGCAAUGCUCCCUAAACUUGGUGACUUGCUUAGGCUACUGAAUGUGUCAUCUGAUGAGAAAAUUUUAUCUACAACAUAUGGGGAACUGAGACCGCCUCUAGGGAAGUAUCGUCUAAAGAUUGUUGAGUUCAUUGCGGUGCUAUUAAGAACGGGCAAUGAAGCUGCAGAAAAGGAAUUGGUCAGCUCGGGAACUGUUCAACGUGUACUUGAUCUUUUCUUCGAGUAUCCAUACAAUAAUGCGUUGCAUCAUCAUGUAGAAAGUAUUAUAUUGUCAUGUUUAGAGACCAAGAGUGAUACAAUGGUAGUCCAUCUUCUUCGAGAGUGUGAUUUGAUUGGUAAAAUUCUCCAAACAGAUAAACACCCCACUAUCUCUGACAAUACUAAUCAGCCAACUGUACCUGCUACUGGAAAAAGGGCCCCGCGGGUUGGAAAUCUUGGACACAUAACACGAAUAUCAAAUAAACUUGUUCAGUUGGGAAGCAACAGCAUCCGCAUUCAGGAAUAUCUUCAGGGAAAUGCUGAAUGGUUGGAAUGGCAAACUACUGUUUUGCAAGAGCGGAAUGCAGUCGAAAAUGUUUCUCGAUGGGCUUGUGGGCGCCCGACGGCACUGCAGGAUAGGAGAGAUAGCGAUGAGGAUGACCUUCAUGACAGAGAUUACGAUGUAGCAGCUCUGGCUAAUAACUUGAGCCAGGCUUUUAGAUACAAAAUAUAUGGAAACGAGGAUGCUGAAGAGGACCAUGGAGCUCUUGAUAGAGAUGAUGAGGAUGUUUAUUUUGAUGAUGAGUCUGCUGAAGUUGUUAUAUCGUCCCUGAGGCUUGGAGAUGAUAAAGGGAGCAGCCUCUUCACUAAUUCCGACUGGUUUGCGUUCCAAGAUGAGAGAAUGGAUGAUUCCCCGGUGAGCACAUCACCCUCAGAAACGAUGGAUGAGAUAAAUUUGAAUGGAAAUGCAAAUGGUGGUAAUAGCAGUAGUGACGAUGAAGUAGUGGUUGGUGAGGAUGAUGAGCUGACUGAAAGCAAAGAUUCCUCGAAUGGCACAUCUACUUCCACUGCAAACCUCCUCAAUGGGUUCCCAGAAAGUGGUUCAGCUAACAUUGGCGACUUGAAUCCACAGAGUGAAAAGGUAAAUGCUUCCCAAGAUAUGGGGGAAUUCUUCAGGUUUGAGACACCAGAAAAUGAGGACUUGUUUGGAGAGAGGCCUUUACCUGAAUGGGUUGGAUGGGGCGAAUCAUCAGAUUUGCAAGUAGGUGGAUCUAGUGUCAAUCCUUUUGAAGAUCAUGGAAAUCCUGAUCACUCCCAUAAAGUUGAGGCAUUGGCAGCUGAUGUUAAUUCCACUUCAAGUGGGGAAUCCUUGCUUCCCAAUGGGUCUCCAACUAGCAUGGGGUCUAGUGAUGGAUCAGGGAGCAGUGAUUCUUGUCAGAAAUCUGUAGCUGUGCCCUCACUUUUUGAAGAGGAUGUUGAAUUUGUAGGUGUCGAAUUGGAAGGGACUGAGAAGGCGAUGGAACAGGCUCUCAAGGAGGGAAUAGUUGGGGAAGCAGGACCCCUAAAGAGAAACAUGAUUCCGAAGGUUCCAGAAAAAGAUAAUCCUGAUGAUGGUGGGGCUGGAAUUAAGGAAUUCAAUGAUGCAAACUACUGGAGAGUUGAUCAAGAGGUAGCUGUUUUGGAGUGAUGGUAGAUCCUUAUUGGGUUGGCUGAACCUGACGCUUGGAUACCACAAUCAGAGACACCCAGUUUUGGUUGGUGAUGGCUUAUGCAGCAGACUUAUGUACAGUAUAUUUUUGUUUCAAAAUGGGACUAGAUGGUAUGUUGUGAUUAAGAUUUUACGUUUUUCUAGUUAUUAUUACUCUCAUUGCUUAUUCAGGGUUUUGUUUCUUCCUGUUACUGACUUAGUAGGGUUUUGUACUCUCCAUUCGUAUUUCUGUUGUGCCGCAUCAAGUAUCAUUCUUGUUUUUACUUGGUUACAAUAAUUUAUUUUGGUCUACUCAAUUUACUA